AUGCCCCUCCAUGUUGAGCAGCGCUGGAAUGCCUACACCGACUAUGACCCUUUGACAGAUGCGGUUUGGGGUUCCACGCGUGUCACUGGCAUCGAGAGCAACCCGCCUUUUGGGCCCGAGAUCGAAGCGCAGGAGAGCCAACGUGCUGAAGCGCCACGGCGUCGAGGCGGCAGCGUGGACACGGUGCUGUGCUCGGUGCCGGACGAAAAGACCACGCUGAGGGAGAUUAACCGCGUGCUGAAGCUGGGCAGCAAAUUCAUCUUCUGGUAA